UCGUGCCUGCCCCUCACGAGCAUGGCCGCGUACAGGAGAUUUGAGGUUGGAAGGAAUUUAGCUGUUCUUUUAACGAGAUCGCAUCAUGUGUGCAGUUAUCAUGGAGCAGGGCUCUACAGACCCUCUCUUCACAAAGUGGGCCGAAAGCAGAUUCCACAGCAAACAACCACUAUGUUUAUCAGAAACAUGUUUAUUCAGACCCAAGACACUCCAAACCCAAACAGCCUGAAGUUUCUCCCUGGUCGCAUGGUGAUGGAAUCAGGGACUAUGGAUUUCGCUGGACCCAGAGAGGCUUAUUGUUCACCCUUGGCAAGACAGUUGUUCAGAAUUGAAGGAGUCAAGAGUGUCUUCUUCGGCCCUGACUUCAUAACCAUUACUAAGGCUGAUGGCGAAACGCAGUGGAAGGUGCUCAAACCAGACGUCUUCGCUACCAUUAUGGACUUCUUCACCUCUGGACUUCCUAUUGUCAAUGAAGCAGAUGCUCCACAUGCCGACACAGCUCCAUCGGAGGAUGAUGACGAGGUGGUGGCCAUGAUUAAAGAAUUACUGGACACACGCAUAAGGCCCACAGUGCAGGAGGACGGCGGUGACGUGUUGUAUCAUGGUUUUGAGGACGGUAUUGUAAAGCUGAAGCUGCAGGGUUCCUGCACAAGCUGUCCCAGCUCCAUCGUCACGCUGAAGAGUGGCAUCCAGAACAUGCUGCAGUUCUAUGUCCCCGAGGUGGAAGGAGUUGAGCAGGUGAAAGAAGAGGAUGUUGAAAAGAGUGUCCUCUGAUGUCAUUCCUAUCUCCAUAAUAAAUUACCCAUCACCCCCCUUUCCCUUCAGUGUCCAAUCAUGUAGAAGGAGCUUUGAGUUUACUAGAGACAGUUACGCCGCUAUAAGGACAAAUCUGUGUGUCCUCCUCACACUCACUCACACUAGAGACAUAUUAAGGUGUGCAGUGUUUUUACCCUACAUGUUCGGACAGUGUUUGCACGGUGCCGUUAUAGGUUUUGGGUUGGGUUGGUCAUAAUAUUUUAUAGAUCGUCUCAAUGCACUGGUUAAAAUAAAAAUCAGAAUUCUGUGUAUAUGUGAACAAAUUACAUGCAAUAUAAUACACGUGUAGAUAUUUUUCUGGUUUCAUGCUAAAUGGAUAUGGAUUUUAUCUUGGUUUCAUUAAUUAUUUAAUUGAGAUUCAUAGAAUAAUAUGCUAUUAAAGAUGGAUUGCUUGUAUGUCUUGUUUGUCAUUCAGAUAAAGGCAUCUGAUAAAAAUAAGUGUACAAUAUGUUAAUAUUAAAAAAAAUGUGGAUUAUGAUCUAUUAAAAUCGCCCUUCAAAAAUGUUACAUGUACACACUAUUUGGUGUGGCUACCCUGUUAUAGAGGAUCAAAUUUGCGAGUUUUAAAAAAAUAAGAAAUAAAACAGUGAAUAUGAAUGAUAAAUAAAUGUUGCUCCCAUAGGGGAUUGUUAUUUUUGUUGCAUAACAACAUUCUGCUAUGUCAAGAGACUGUGUCCUCUAUAUGAGGGUGUCACUUGAAAAUGAAUUUGCUUAUUAAAAGAA